CGUGGUUCAGUGGCUACGCCUGACGGGCACCUGCUAAACCGAUCUGGAUGCUAGGCCCCCUGAGUUUGGUGGUUGCUAUGGAGACAAGCUCUGUCCAGCCUCAGGCCUCUGUGCGGUGAGCUCUUUGGAGAAGAGACUGUGUCUUCCUAUGCACCGGGACAGCCCCUGGUGCUUCUUCAGUGCUACUGUAAUACAAGAACAUGGCAAAUAAAAAGAUGGAAAUAUUCUCCCCUCUGGAAGCUGUGCAAAUCUGUGCUGCGCUGGAGGACUGUCUCGAUCAGCUUGCUAUUCUUGGAUAUAUUAUGCCAGUUUCCUACGAGGGCAGGACAGACAUCAGCAAUAUUGAUGCCCAAGAAAUUAGUGAAAUCGUCAAGAGCCAGAAGGAGUUGGGGGUUAAGUUUGAACAUCUCAUGUCAGCAAGGUCAGAGAACAGGCCAACAGUUCCCUCCGAGUCACUGAAGUUCACAGAACUGGGGCAGCAGCUGCAAGAGACAAGUGGAGAUCUAAAAAGGGCCAAUCAUCUUUUUAGUAGGGCUGCAAAACAGAGUGCUGUGUCCUCCGAUAACCUCAGAAAAGUUCAAGCUGAUAGGCAGUAUGCGAGCGAUGUGAUUGCAGAAACUCUGCAGGAAAUGCAGACUUCAGGAACGUUUCAGAGUCUGCUGCAAGCUGUGCGGAGAGAGGAGGAGAGGAAGUCUAACUUCUACACCACCAUCAUCAGGGAGGAGGAAGGAAGGAAGGAGAUAAAGUCCCUCCAGAAACGACUGCAAGAUGUCAAGAAAGAAAAGGAAUUAGAACUUCAGAACCGGAAUGAGAUGAUUGCAUACCUCAAAGACCAGCUUCAAGAAAUGAAGGCCAAGACAGACAUGGAGAGCCGCUAUGUGAAGAAAGACACAGAGCUCCAGGUCUACCAGACCCAGAAAAAGUGCAGCAACGCAGAGAGUGACUUGUUCAAUGAAAUUGAGAAGCUGAGGAUCAAAAAUGAUGAGGAGAUUAGAGUCCACGUGGAGAUUGAAAAUUUCCUCAGGCAACAACAGAUGAAGUUGGAAGAGAAGCUAGAAUACUGGAUGGAGAAGUAUGAAAAGGACACGGAAGCUAAACAGCAAGAACUGAACACUCUAAAAGCAUCCAAGGCAAAUGAUUUAGCAGCACUGCAGGAACUAGCCAAGCAGUGCCAGUUAUUUGAACAAGUCAUCAUCGAGGAUCGGGUGGAAAAGGAGGCAGCAAGAAGGAAGGUAGAGCAGGAUGCGUUGGAAUUAAAGAGCGUCAAGAAGCUACAGGCCUGGUGGAGAGGCACAAUGGUUCGCCAUAACAUCGGCCCCUAUAAGGCCCUCAAGAAGUCUAAAGAGGACGAGCCAAAGGGCAAAGACAAAGGGAAAAAGGGAAAAGCUGGAGCUAAGAAAAAGAAGUGAUGGCCAUAGACUCCUGCUCUCAUUAGACCCACAGGGCCCUGGGCGUUUGGGCUCUCGUCAGGGAGGAACACUGGCUUGUGUGCACAGAGUAGAAAUAAAGCCCUCAGCAGCGUUCUGGGCCAGGCUGGAGUUCAUUUUCUUGACAGGAAGGAGUUUAAGAUGAAGUUUCUUGCACAGGUCUGACCUCUCCAGCUCAAGGUAACUAGAGCUUAGCAAUCCGCUACUGCCAUUUUGAACCUGCCUUGCGCUGAGCGCACAUUAUCCCCCGAGAGCACAGGAAGCUGGAACGAUAUCGCCCUCAAGAUUUUUCUGCAGCCUUAAACUAAUUAGUCAUCUGGGUAUAAUUCACACCCCGUUCACAAGCUUGAAAAUGCAGCUGUAUUAAAGGCACUGUGCACUCGAAUAUUCACCACUUCUCCCCGUCACUGCGCUGGCAAUGGUCAAAAUGCUAGGGUGGUCUGGGGGCACUCGUCCUUCACCACUGUUUUGGCUAAUGCCGCUCAGAGCAGGUCUAGACAGCUUGGUGGCCGUCACUCACAGCUGGUCUUGGGUGGGGCUUCCAUUGUUAUUGUCAGUGCUAGAUCAAUGGUAGGAGAACUGCUAAAGAUUCUCAGUGUAGAUGGAGCCUUGUUCAGAGUGUUUGUUUCCAUUCGCACAGUUCUCCUGCCAGAAGUCCCUGUAGCCCUGCAGGUGAUAAGGAAAGAAUCAUGCCCUAGUGAGGUGUAACUGUGGGGAGGUAAUAGAAUGUCCUUGGUACAGAGCAAGAUAUCCUUUGGCAUCUGGUACCCGAGAGCUGCUCUCUCAAACGCCAGAGUGCAGUGAAGUGAUGACAGCCUGGCUGUUACCUUGAAAGAGAAUUGGGGGCGGGGGGAAGGCAGAGUUCUGCUCUGUUAUCCCCGCUGUGGGUCCAGUUCUUUGAAAUCAGAUUGUACUGCAAUCCGUGUACACAGUGGAAACAAUCAACCGUGUAAAACUGCAGAGGGGCUGAGGGGGGUUGGGGGUUUUUAAUACGCCCACACUGAAAGAGAUGGAUCAGAGGCUGUUUUCACUCUGAGACCAUUUAAGAGCGGUAUCAGGAGCGUGUAGCUGUCCAAAUACAUUCACAUCGGAGAGUCAAACUGUGCCAAAAGUUACCAAAAGUUCUCUUAAGUUCAAGUAAAAGUACUUCAACUGCAAGUGGCAAAGCUGUUGGGCUUUGAAUUCGGAGAGCUCAGUGGUGGCUGGAGCCUGGAGUUUAUUCUGCGUUAAUAUAUCACGGAAGUGACAGUGGCCUUCUGAAAAUUCACACACAUCAGGCAAGCUGGAGUUACAGUCAUUGGCAUCAUUACUCUAUGUUAAUCAGGAAGCACUCCCUUUUCAGUCACUGAUCCCAAAUGAGAACACAUUGUAACUUGUCUUCCUCAUGCCACAUUGGGGCAAGAACAGGCCUUACUCCUGGAUGAUGUUUACGUCACACGUCUGCAGCAGGCACCUCACAGCAACCGCUGCAGUUAAGUUUAAUUUUAACUCCCCCUUUUCAUGCACUCAGAACGUUUAGAAACAUUUCAUUUUUGAGGCUAAAAUUGUCCAGGCUUGGUCUGUGCUGACAGGUGAUUUUUAUUUAUUUAUUUUAUUGUGAAGUUUGAGCAAAAUCCCUUCAGACAUAUGAGUUAUGGAAAGGGAGGGAAAAUGCACUUUUCCUAUUGUAAAGAAAAAAAAUCCUAACCACACCUUCUUAGAGACAGCUCCAGUACAAAGAGCUGAAGUUUGAAACAACCUGGGCAGAAAGGUGAGUAGGGAUUAGCACCUUUGCUUGCUUCGGGGCAACAGGGGAGCGAAAAUCACUUCUCAUUCUAAGGACAUUGUUCUGGAGCUUCACUUCUGGGCUCCAGUUCCUUAGCAUGAAUCCACUGGCACUGCCUUGGCUCUUCCAAGGUUUUUGACCCUUCAGGAUUACUGUAGUGGGAUACACUGCAAGCCAGUGGGUAUCACAUGGUAGGUGCUAGAUGUAAAUUACAUGUAAAGCCCCCAUUUGUGUGACCCAGCUGCAGUGAAUUAUGAUGCAAACUGGAAAGGAGGCAGUAAUGGUGGUUAUGAAAUUAUCCAGGUAUCACUUUUAGUGAAAUGGUUCUGACUGUGUCUCAAAAGGGAAAACAUCCAUAAAUACCAGAAUCCACUCCAAUUAUAACGUUAGUUUGUUUCUGAAAGUAGGAGGACAUUUUAAAUGUCAGUUAAAGGAACAAUAACAUUGGGUUUGUGUUCAUUUGUGGAGGGUAAAUGGGGCCUGGAUGGUUUUCAUCAAAAAAGCAUCCUCUCCCCACACUUUGCUGUUUCUUAUCAAACAUACCCUGGGAGACUCCAUGGUAAUUGGAAAACUAAUAAAAUUAAAGAGUGAAAAUUAAGCAUAUGAGAGGAGAAAGGGUCUUUAGUCAGACUGCUUAGAAGUGGGUGUUUUCCCUUUGUUAGCGUUUAUAAAUCAAAUGCCGAAUGAACACUUGAUUUUGUUAACAACUCAACACUCCAGCUGGUGUAAGAGCUCACAAUACACGAGGAGCUGCAAGAGGUCCACCAGAAGCUGGGGAGAUCCGCCUUUACAUUCAUAUUUUUCUAAUGUUUCUAAUGUAAAAAAAGGCAGAACAUUUUAAGAAAGUUCAGCCCUCUUCUAUACAUUUAGAGGACAUAAAUCUGAUCAAGCAUCUCUUCCAGUGAGUGAAAUGCUUAGCAGCCCCCCAGGGCGGCUGCCUACCCUUUCUCCCGUUUGGAAGGUAGAACUGGGACAGACCGUGGCAGAGAGGCUGAAGCACUGUCAUAGGGCUGUAGGGGGAGGUUACGGUCAUCCAGGUCUAGCAGGAGAGGAACAGAGCUCAAGCUCCGACAGGCCUUCUUACAAACUCCUCAAAGCAGCUGCCUUCCCAGCUCCAGAGAUGAUCUCCUGCUGGGCAGCGCUUCUGAGCCCCACAGAGCAGUGCCCUGCUCCAAAGUAACUUAAGAGCCGCAAGGGCAGCCUCCCUCCACCCCCAAUGUCAGUACUUCAGUCACGGCUGCCCUGUC